AUGGCAGCGCGUGACAGUCCUGAGACUUUCUUUGAAGAGGCGCCACGGGAGGCCAUGUGCGAGGCUCGUGUAGUGAAGAACAAACAGGCAGGCAGGGCACGUGGGUAUAGCGUUGAGGAGGAGGACGUGCGUGAAAGAGAGCUCGAGGUUGGCGAGCUCAACGUCAACGUUGAGGCGGAGGACGUGUGGGAAAGAAAGCUCGAGUUGCAGCAAUCCUCAACACCAGCAUUAAAUGCUGUCCCAAAUAACCCAGGACCUUUGGGUAUUUGGCGUAGCCAUCGACGCGGGCUUCCUGCGCCCCCAACAGCGUCGUUCACCACCAUCUUACGUGGAUCUGUCCGUUGGACCAAGUACAACGGCUCUGGACACCGCCUAGCCAUCGACACAGGCUUCCUGCGCCCCCAACAGCGUCUUUCACCACCUCCUACGUGGAUCUGCCUGCUGGACCAAGCGCAACGGCUCUGGACACCACCCUCAUCUCUCAACACGCUUUCUACACUACCCUCACCUUGUCAAUCACGCUAUCUACACACUCUAACCACCCAUGUCGCGACCAUCAGCGAGGAGGAUCACAGGGCUGUCGAAGGCAACCAUAAAACAUGGUUUUCGACGCUCUGUGCGAACGAUUGAUGUACUGAAGGCAGG